AUGAGGAGGAACACUACUUCUGCGAUUUCGUCGUCUUUGCGUGAAGCGCCUCUUCUUUUUCCUCGCUUUGACAGGUGGGGGUUAUUGAGUGGAGGAAAAACGAGUUUUGUCGUUGCCUCGUCGUCGUUGAAAUCAUCAUCGUUCGCGAAUUAUUAUUCUCAUCAUCAUCAUCGUCGGUCUGUUGUUGUUGUUGCGAAGAAGAGAUUUACGACGACGACGACAACGAGAAGAGGAGGCUUUGAUGAACAGUGGUUACGAGAAAGGUGGACGGUGGCAUACGCGGUGGCCGUUCGAGACGCUUUUCAGGCGAAGACGUCUAAAUGCGAAGAGGAGCCGGCGCUGAGAGCGGUUUUGGAAGUGAAAGAGGCGUUGGAAAAAGAAACGAAGAAAGAAGAGAUGAAGUUUAAAGCGAUUACGUUUGCGCUGUCGUCUCUCGCCAGUCGAGAGAUGUUGAUGGCGGAACUGAAUAUCGCGCAGAACGAGGACGAAGUGACGAGAGUGUUGAACUUGGCGAAGAGACUGGCGGAUGCGGGAGCGUCGUCUGCGCACUUCGCGAGGGCGUUGGCGUUUGAGGUGUUGAAAGCGAACGUUCCGGCGCGAGCGGUGGAAAAAUCAUUAAUCGGAGAGAAGUUGAUGCGGCCGGAGGUACGGAGGUACGAGAACGAUAUUUUGUGGUCGAUUACGGUUCCGAGCGAAAAGAUAGUCUUGAGCAGGGAAGAGAUUCGGAACGAAAUGCAUCGGAAAGGUUACGUAGUUAUCGACGGCGUGCUCGGCGAGAAAAACUCAAAGAUUUGCGAAGAAGCGGCGAUGAAAUUUUACGAAAGCGAUCCGGGAACAAGAAAAUUCAAAUCGGGAGAGCUCGCGUAUGAGGAGAAAAACGACGCAACGACGCAAAAGAAAGAAGGAAAGUAUCGCGACGACGAAAUCGCUUGGUUGACUGGAGACGAACGCCCGGUAGCUUUGGGCGCGCUCAGUCAAUUUCUUCGCGACACGCUCGGUGACAUUCUCUGCAACGUCUUCAACGAAAAGAAGGAUGGAAGUAAUAAACAUCUUCUUCUCUCUCCGACAGAUUACCAUUCAAAUGUCAUGCUCUCCGUCUAUUCGUCCAAUCGUGGCGGUUUCGUGAAGCAUUUAGAUCACGACGACGCGAGCGACCCUCGUAAAAUUAGCGCGGUGUACUAUCUCAACUCUCAAUGGAACGAAAACGAAAAUCGCGGCGCUUUACUCUUGUACCCGGAAGGAGGAGAGGAUUCGACCCCCGUUCGCGUGAACCCGAUUCGAGACCGGUUAGUGCUCUUUUGGUCCGAUACGAUGUACCACGCGGUUGAACCGAGCGAGAGAAGAAAACGCUUCGCUUGUUCCUUUUGGUACUUGUAG